UGUCGCAUGCCAUUUUGGUUCUCUUUACGCAAUCGAUUUGAAAAACCAUUUUUCUAGAACUUUAUAGUUUACGGCUAUGUUCAUCGUAAUUUGUUCGAAUAAUAUUAUGUCGGUAACUGUUUACAAACCAUUCUGGUUAAAUUAAGUUUUCUCAUCGAAAAAAGGUGACUGAAAGUGUGAACAUUAUAAGUAAAAAUUAAAUGUCUGCAAUACAGAAUGUCAAUGCAAAAUCGCAUUUAUCUCGAGACGAAUAUUACUCAAACAACACAAGUACAUCGAUAAGUCAACAAGUGCUUUCAUAUUUUGCUCAUUAUACUCAUAACCGCAAGAAGAAAUCCUUUAUACCAACUAAAAAAAUGACUACAAAGGAGCCAGAACCUCAGCCUGAAAUAACUUCACAGGAGUGGACUUUUACAGUAUCAGUACCAGAUGUUGGCCCCAGAGAAAAAGUGUAUAUUAGUGGAAGCAUCCCUGAACUGGGAGAAUGGGACUAUAAAAGGCUGGUCCUAUUAGAAAAUCAACCAGGAACUGAUAUAUGGUCUACUAAAAUAAUCAUACCCAAUACUUGUGAUGUAUGCUAUAGAUAUGCUAUAUGUAUUCCAAUUGAAGAUACUUCUGAAGUCAUAGUAAGAUACUGGGAAACUAGUAUUCAUCCUAGAGUCAUCUUAGAAUCCAUGAUGCAUCCCAUAACUGAUAUUUUUGGUGAAAUAAAUUCUGAGAACAAGGUCACAAGAGGUUGGCUAACUGUCCAAAGCAUUAUACAGUUUAAGUUUAUGAAAAAUCCUUUAAAAUUGAAAAGCCGUCUUAGUGAAAGACUAAUGAAUAUCAAAGUCACUCCAGUAAAACUGUCUUUUGGAACUGAACAUCCUGUUGAAGAUUCUUUAAGUGUGGAUACAGUUGAUGGUGAAAGUCUUCCUGCAGUAAUAGUAGAAGUAUCCACAUUAAAUAAUGACCCUGCCAUAUGUAGUCCCAAACAACAGGAACAAUUUGGUACAGAGUACAAACCAAAUGAUGUUUUGCUUGUGAAUGUUAUAACUCCAAAUCUUCAAGGUCUUGCAUACCUAGUAGAUGUCUUCUCCUAUAGUUCUCGUGCCUCAUCUGAAGACCCACCUUGCCAUGUUGGUUACACAUAUGUUUUACCAAAUAUGUUUAAGCCUUCUGAAGGUGCAUUGGAGUUGCCAGUGACUUGUAAUGUUAAGCAUCGUCCAUUGGGGACAAUAAACAUUGAAUAUUUAAUAAUUCACCCAAUGCCAGAGCAGCUGUGUGAUAUGCAAGUAUCAUAUGCAAAACACUGGGAUCCAACAUGGACUGGCUUAGAAGUUGGACACCGUGGACUUGGUGCCAGUUUUAAAAAUAAAGAAGGCAAUAAUAUUCGUGAAAAUACUGUAGCUUCUUUAAAGAAGGCAGCUGCAAGUGGUGCAGAUUUGCUUGAAUUUGAUGUUCAACUAAGCAAAGAUAUGAUACCAGUAAUAUAUCAUGACUUUCAUGUGUGUAUCUCAAUGAAGAGAAAAAAGGAAGUAGAAUUUUCUGAAAUGUUAGAAUUGCCCGUGAAGGACUUGACCUUGGAACAGCUUCAGAAACUAAAGGUGUAUCAUUUGGUGGAAGGACGUAAUCAUGAAAUAUUAUUCUUUGACGAAGAUCUAGAGGAACACCAACCAUUUCCUACAUUAGAAGAUGUCAUGAAAAAGAUAGACGUUCAUGUCGGGUUCAAUGUGGAACUAAAAUGGACGAUGGAGAUGGAUGAUGGGACUUUUGAGUUAAACAAUCCUUUCGAUAUGAACACAUAUGUUGAUAAGGUAUUGGAGGUAGUACUAAAACAUGCUGGUGAGCGUCGUAUUGUGUUCUCCUGUUUCAACCCAGACAUUUGCACAAUGGUGCGAUACAAGCAGAAUAAAUAUCCUGUUAUGUUUCUCACCUUGGGUAUAACGAAUAGAUACCAAGCUUACCGGGACCCCCGCUGCCAGUCCAUCCCCGCCGCCGUGCAGAGCGCAGUCAGCUCGGACAUCCUUGGCGUAGUCGUCCAUACCGAAGACCUAUUAAGGGACCCUACACAGGUCCAAUUAGCAACCAACGCCGGUCUGGUUAUCUUUUGUUGGGGAGAUGAUAACAACGACAAAAACACAAUCAAGAGAUUGAAAGAAAUGGGUCUACAUGCUGUGAUAUAUGAUAAACUCGACCAAUAUACUACCAAAGAAGUCAAGGAGAGCAUAUUUCUUGUGGAGGCGCGCGAGUCGCAGCGGGAGAUCAUGCGGCUGGCGGCGCUCGACGAGCUGGCCGCCAGCGAGAGCUCCGCGUCCGCGCUCACGCCGCCCGCGCCCGCCAACAGACUGUUCCUAGACCUCACCAUGCGAGACAAAAUACAAGACCGCUCUACCGUCACCUCCCUAGAGUCGCUCGCCUCCUCUGUCGACCUUAGAGAUGAUAAUAACGCCGACCCCAAUUCUCUUAAGCGCAAUAGAGACACCAUUGGAAAUAUUAAUAAAGAUUACCAAGUGAAAGAACAGAGAAAUUCUUUUCGUAACUUGUUUACUGCUGGAGAUGGUUCUAAAGGAACAAAAAAAUCUAGGAAAUCUAAUUAACAUGUUUUUGUAAAUUAAAUUUUGCUCAAUAUAACACGAUUGUAGGUAUUAUUGUCUCCGUUCAGUAAUGCAAGAUCAUAUUAGAUAAAAAAUAUCAUAUUAAGUGAAUCAGGUAACCGACAGUGUACCUAAUUGGGAACCAAUCAAUAGUGAUAUAGAAAAAAAAAAUUUUUUUGUCCUGUUUUUAGAGUUACUAUCAUUGUUAAAGUCCAAGGUUCUGUUAGAACAUAGUACCGAUCCAGAGCCGGAUUCGUUAUCAAAAUGUUUAAACGUUUCUUAAAUUACUUGUUUUUACUAUGUAAAGAUUUGAUUACAGAUAUAUAUUUAUAUAUAACAAAUCAAUGUAGUUCUAGAAACCCGACCAUUUUUUAUCUUUCUUAAUUUUUAUAGAGUAAACAUGCCGUAAGAAUUGAUUUCAUAACUAAUAAAUUUAUGAAAUCUAUUCUUACCCGCUGUAUGGGAAUCACCUUUAGUGCAAAUUCGAUUUUAAAUUUCUGCAUCAAUUUCUAGUUAACAGUAGCAGACACAUGCUUUAUAGUUACAAUUCUUUUUUGAAGUGUGAAGCUUAAAGUUUGUCAAUAAAUUUUAUUUAAGCACUUUUCACCGAAUUUAAGUAGGUAUGUUUUUCGGAAAGCCCAUCUAAUGCCUAAGGCGUCCUUCAGAUUUAACAGUUAUGGAGCUGUUAACCUGAAUGGAUAUCACAUUAUUGUUUUGUUCUUUCUCUGCUUAUCGACGACUGCUGAAGGUGGGUUAUCGUACAAUAUAAAAGGCCCAAGAAAGGUUACUUUGAUUUAACAAUUGUUUCUUUUUUCACAAUUUGCCUCGCUGUAUACCUUUCUUUCAGUGCUGUGCUGCUUGACCGCGGACUGUUCCAAAGCACGUGAAUAUCAAAUUCAAUGAAAAUAGUUAUUUCAUUAAAAACGAUUCCGUCGGAUAAAAUUGUCGGCAGCAGAUCGACGAUAUUCUAAAAUAAGCCUCGCUUAAAAAAAGUUUUUGAUACUCGAUUCUAGACUGUCAAACCAAUGCGGUGUUUUGUCUAAUUCGUAGAAAUUUGGUGACUUUAUCAAGGGGUAAAUAAGUCAGAAUGAUAAUUUAUUCUCUCCGCUUCCAGUUUUUACACUAUUCAUUAGUUUGCAACUCGAUCAAUUAUUAGUAGGUUAUCAAUUAUUAUAUAUCAUUAUGAUUUUUACAAUCAUUUAAUCAAGGAUUAUUUUACUUUUUAUAAUUUUUGUAGUCUAUGUGUUUGAUAAGCACCUAUAUUCCCUUUUCCCAAUUCUUCGAUUUAGAAUUUAUUAAAAUAAUUACGUGUAAUACAAAAUAAUUAGUGUAGCUAGUUUAGUAGCUGUAGUUGUUUAUGUUGUUUUUGAACCCUUUUAUUUUAUUGUAACAUCAUGAACGAAAAGUUAAUUAAAUUUAUAAAAACUAUGCAGCAGUUUAAGCAUAAAUGUUAACUUUAGCAUUAAUAAUAUUGGUAUGGAUUGAUUUUAUCACAAAAAUUGUUACAAAAAAUAAAUAUUUCGUGUGGCUCGUUCAUGUUUAAAAUUUCUGGUUGUUCUUAUAAAACAUACAUACAUAAAAUCACGUCUAUAUCCUUUGCGGGGUAGACAGAGCCAAAAGUUUUGUUCAAAAAUGAGAUAAUAAACCUUAGUGCCUAAAUUUAUCACCGCACAUUUGAAACCGUUUAAUGGAAAUAAUUGAAGCUAGAUCCAUACUAAUAUUAUAAAGAGAAAUGAUUUUUAUUUUGUUUGUAACAUUUAUUGGUUAUUUUCUGGAAAUUCCCACAGAACGGAAGUACGUUCAUGUCAUUAUCACACGGCAUGUGUUUGUACUACUGGGGAUAAUGUAGCCUAUACAUACAGCAGUGCCAAUUGUAACACCUAAUUAAUUAGUCAACACAUUGUAAUAAUCUUUAGCACAAUCUAUGGGUAUGAAUAUGAUCAAAAGUAUAAUUAAAAAUAUGUAUUUCUUUAUAAAUAUACAAUGAUAUGCACAUAAGAUAUAUGAUAUACUGAAAAUUCUUUCCCAAAACUUGCGGAUAGUUGUUUGGUUAAAUAGUAACCGCACCCCUGCACAAAUAUUUUAUCUACUCAAAAGCUUCAGCAACCACGUUUUUUUUUCUAUCAAAAUAAUAUGUAAUUCGAAAUCUAGAUAAUCAGCCUGAGUUUUAUAUUUUAGAGUGUUGCUUUCAGAGUGUUUUGAUUUUCUUAAUAGUUUGAACAAAUUAGAACUUUACAUAGGCUCCUGGGUUCGAUUCCCAGCAAAUAGGUACAUUUUUUUGUACUUACUUGAUAUAUAUUCAGUCCUUUCGAGAUUGUGAGUUCCAACAAUUUCUAAAGGACCCAUUACACAUUUUAUGCUUAAUGUCGGCUCUUGAAUAUUUUGUUUGUUUAAUGGGACACGACAGGUGUUAUCAUGUCUCUACCUACCUGUUGUCAUGUCUCUACCAAAAUAUAUCGAAUUUAUACCCAAAUUCGAUGUAUUUUGCGUACGUUUACCUACAUAUUAAGCGAGUUAAUUGGGCGUGUUACCUACCUACGCGGUCCUGGUUGAACCACUUUACAUUUUACGAACAUAAGGAGAAGCAAGGUUUAUUAAGGUGAAAACGUCUUUAACGGCUUUGUGCACUUUUUGUAAGCAUAUACAUAAAAUUACGCCUCUUUUCGGAGGGGUAGGCACACUACAUAUUUCACUUGCCACGACCAGUCCACACCAUAGCAUACUUCUUUUGCUUCUUACACACUUUUUGUGAUGGUUAAAAAAUGUUAACUCGCGUCAGGUCACGUGUCAGAAAUUAUUUCCUUAACACUCCAAAUUUAAAAAAAGCACAACGUUAUUGUUACGAGUUCCAUUUUUUAAGUAUGUAGUUGUUCCAAACACUACUUCUGUCGUAGUACAAGCCUUUGUCUUUUAUUGGUAUUCCGCCAUUCCGAUUGUGUUUAUCAGUGUAUCGUUGACUAGAUAUCCUAUGAGAUUAAGUCAGUCAAAUAACGCAUUGGUCAGAUUUCUUUGCAAAUACAUUUUCUAUUAAUUCGCUAUAAUAGGCUCCGGCACAGUUGUUAGAUACCUACAUUAACACUGGUAUGGGAUCCUAUAAAAAGGUACGAAUGUUUUACAUGCCCCGAACGAAUUUUAAUGCUCGCAACUAUAUAUAUACCCAAUGUACGUAAAUACCGUAUGAUCUAAAAUAAACGACGAUGUUCAGCCAGAGCUACAAUGCAUCAGAACAAGUACAGGACAAGAAAAGCCGAAUAAAAUGUAUGUAGAUACGAACGGAAACAUUCGUUAUCUGUGAUAUACCUUACAAAUUAUAUUUUACAUCUAUUCUUCCUAAGUUUUUAUUUUGAAAGAAAUAAAUUUUGUUUUAUCUCUAAA